AUGCGCAAAUGUCACAGCUAUUACGAAACACGCGUAAUUGAAUUCACAGAAGAAAAAGAAGACAUUUCGUGUUUCUAUAUUUUUAUUGCUGGUAAUAUUUUUUAUCUAUCUAUCUAUCUAUCUAUCUAUCUAUCUAUCUCAAUUUUUAUUUGUGGUAAUAUUUUUAUCUAUCUAUCUAUCUAUCUAUCUAUCUAUCUAUCUAUCUAUAUCAGUAUAUAUUGGUUUGGUUUGGUUUGUUUUCAAUUUCGGGAUAUCAAUCUUAAUGGGUUAUUUAAUGCCGAUAUGAUUUUUAUUGCUGGUAAUAUUUUUUUAUCUAUCUAUCUAUCUAUCUAUCUAUCUAUCUAUCUAUCUAUCUCAGUAUAUAUUGUGGGUUAUUUAAUGCCGGCAAAAUUUUUUAUUGCUGGUAAUAUUUUAUCUAUCUAUCUAUCUAUCUAUCUAUCUAUCUAUCUAUCUAUCUAUCUCACGUCUCUCUUUGGCGGGUGUUGUUAA